ACAUAAGUGGCAUAGGGAAGGAAAUACGAAAGGUGCGAGAACAUCAGGUACAUGUGUACCUAAGAACGCGCCUCCGAGCCAUGCGAGCAAGAUGCAACCACGAGAUACUCGUAGCAGCGCAUAGGUAUCCAAAAAAAACAGCCACGGUACUUCGUUCGACCGCCUGAGACUCGCAGUCGUCAGGGCCCAAUGUGGGCGGAGUCGACCUCGAUCGUGGUAGAUUGAAGACAGAAAACGUGGGUGCUUUGCAAACUCACCAGCUUUUAUGCGGUUCUGUAACUCGGCCUUAACACCACUGGUCUUCAUAUUAUUCUGCUGGCAUAUCGACUGUAGCUGCUUGUUGAGUAGCGUGGAAAGAGUGCGCUCGAGCUGCCGUAUUUCGCUGUUUGAAGAGGAGGCCAUAGCUGCGACUGCCGUCACCACCAAAUUUCACCCCACCACCGCUGCUGGCGCUGUUUCUGGCGCUGCUGCCCUAGGGCUCUGUAGCUACGGGCCCAGGCAGGUGCGCGAGGACGACAAGGCAGCCACUGCCUGUCUCGGCGUCAUGGAGAAGGCGUGGGAAGGCUCGGGCUUGCGCCCCCUGCAAUUUGACCGGCAGCCUACCCUCAAUUUCAACCACUUUAAGCCCCAGUAUCAAUUGAGCCGCCCUAGGUCUUGUAUCCAAGAAGUCUCGCUCCGUUCCAAAGUCCGAGGGAAGAAGGACGGUUCCCGGCGCGCGUGCGUGCGCGAUACUUCGUCUACGACUCAAGAAUCGACGGGCUCAGUGUCGCAAUCAAAAGGUCGAACGCCGGCGUUUCUUAACAAAGUUCCUCGGUGGAUCGGGGUUGACUCUGGGCUCGUGCUUCGAUGGAUUCGAUCGUCGGAAUGUCAAGGGCGUCGAAAGACACGAAGUCGUUAAGAAACGUAUCAGAUCUGUCGUUGCGAUCGCACCAAGAAGC